AUGCCUGUCAUUUCAUCGAAACCAUACAUCGCUGGAGACGUUGUCUUCAAAUGCAAACCACUAUUGGUUUAUAUUCACGACAAAUACAAAGGAGAGUAUUGCGACAAUUGUCUCAAACCUAUGGAUCAGUUGAAGAGGUGUUCAAAAUGUCGUCAAAUGUAUUAUUGCGGCAAAAAUUGUCAGACAAUCGACUGGUCUUUCCAUAAGAAUGAAUGCAAAGUCUUGAGAGAGAACAGAAUCAAUGGAUUUCACCCAAUCUUUAUACCAUUACUUCGAGUCUAUCUUCGGAUCAAAAAUGACAAAACAUUUGCGACCGAAAGACACACUUUGAUUGACGGAUCAGAUGUUUGUCUCAAUGAUAUGAAUAUCGCAGUCAAUGUUAGGUGUAUUUCAGAGGAUGUGUUUGUCAUUUGUCGACAAUUCAAGAGUAUUGGCAUUGAUUUUAAGGCCAAAGAGCUUAAGCGAUGGUUUAAAUUGGUAUUAAAAAAUACCAACAAUAUGUCCCGCGAAAGCGAUGAUCCAAUGAGUUUUGACGCUACCAUCGGAGGCGCCGUUUGUCCGCAGUUGUGGCCAAUCAGUCAUUCCUGUUCCCCAAACAUGGCUUUCAUUUGCAGAGAUGGAUAG